GGCGGCGGCCGGGCACACACAGAGUUAAUCCUUGGAGGCUGCUGGUUGCAAGCUCCCUGGCUGCUCACAUCUGGCCCGGGUUGCUCUUGCGCGUUCCUCCCGCUCUCUCCGGCUCUUCCUUUACUUUCGAGAAACCGCGUUUCCGCUUUUGGCCAAAGAGACCUUGGAGCGGCCGGGGAGAGAGAGGCGCAGGACGGGCCGGCACCGCCUGCCUCCCGCCCGGUCUUGGCGCCCUCUUCCAGGGGGAUUUUUCCUCUCUUUUUUGUCCCUGCUCCUUGAACAAGUCUGUGCUUCCCCUGCCCUGGCCAGGAGGAGGCUGAGCCCCGGGAGAUGCUCUAGGGGGCAGCUCGGGGAGAGGCCGCGGAGCUGGACCGAGGGCGCGGCGGGAAGAUGGGCCCGCGAGGACCGGGCCUCGUGCUGAGCGCCUGCCUGCUGCUGGCCGCGUGCGGCCCGGCGCUGGGCCGGGGGCCGCGGGGCGCGCAGGAGCCGCAGGAGCCGGAGGGGACCCGGGAGCCGCCGCCUCGGGACGCGGACGACAGGGAUGAAGAACAAGAAAAAUACAGGGCUGGCGGGGGCCAGGACCCCCCCACCCCCCAGUGCUUUCGCUGCUGUGACCCCUCAGCCCCCAUGUACCAGGCGAUCCCAGCGCCCCAGAUCAACAUCACCAUCCUGAAAGGUGAGAAGGGAGACCGGGGCGACCGGGGCCUCCAGGGGAAAUACGGGAAGACGGGCUCGGCGGGCCCCCGGGGCCACAUCGGGCCCAAGGGGCAGAAGGGGUCCGUGGGGGCCCCCGGGGACCGGUGCAAGAACCACUACGCGGCCUUCUCGGUGGGCCGCCGGAAGCCGCUGCACAGCAGCGAGUACUACCAGACGGUGGUGUUCGACACGGAGUUCGUGAACCUGUACGGCCACUUCAACAUGUUCACCGGCAAGUUCUACUGCUACGUGCCCGGCGUCUACUUCUUCAGCCUCAACGUGCACACCUGGAACCAGAAGGAGACCUACCUGCACGUGAUGAGGAACACGGAGGAGGUGGUGAUCCUGUACGCCCAGGCCAGCGACCGGAGCAUCAUGCAGAGCCAGAGCCUGAUGCUGGAGCUGCGGGAGCAGGACGAGGUGUGGGUGCGGCUCUUCAAGGGCGAGCGCGAGAAUGCCAUCUUCAGCGACGAGUUCGACACCUACAUCACCUUCAGCGGCUACCUGGUCAAGCACGCGGCCGAGCCCUAGCGCCCGCCGCCCCGCCCCCACGUGCGCCGCAGGGCCCCCGGCCCGGCUUCCCCUGCUCUGCUUUCCCGGCUUUGGCAUUCAGCAGGCGCCCUUCCAGGGGAGCGGGGCGCUGUGGCCUCAUGGCCUCGUGGUCGCGCACUGGCCGCACACCGCCGGCAGGAGCAGGGCGUCCCUGGGGGUGCCACCCACCCCGUCCCUCUCGCAGAUGCCAAAGGUCUUGGAAGAUGCCCGUGAACCUCGGAGGACAAAGCCGGGCGCCGCUCAGGGAGAGCCCUUGGGCUGGAGGCUGCUGGGCCUCUGCUCCCAGGAGAGCCCCGGGCCGCGGGGGCCCCACGGGGGGGGCUGGGCCUGGGGUGCAGGAAGCCACAUGGGCUUCGUUCCUUCAGGCUACGCGCGAAGCUUCUCCGGGGUCCCUGCGGCCUCGCCCCAGGCGCCGCUGGUCGGUCUGAGCCUCCGCAGGGAGGGGCUUGGUGCUGGGGCAGCACCUGUCGCGGGGGGUGGGGAGGGGAGGCCACGGCGCCUGUCAUGGGCCUGGGCUAACAGCAGCUGGCUCUCUCCAGCCCACCUGCUCCUGACCUCAGGGAACCCCAUCCCGCAGGCGAGGUGGUGAGGAGUAAGCUCCGAGUGCGAGGAGCUGCUCCCCGGGCCGGGCCUCUGCCAGCACUCACACACGGUGCUGUUCCCCCCGCGGUGGGCACUGGGGUUGGAUUCUGUUCCCAUCAGCCCAUGCACGCCAUCCCCGAGCCCUCAGUGCGGGAGGGACCCCAGAGCAGGGAGAGCUGGAAGGAACCGCAACGGGUGCCCUGGGCCUGUUUCUGGGGCUCCUGUGGGGUCAGCCCUGAGACCAUGUGGCAGAGGACACAGCCCCUCCACCCCUGGGCUCAGGGCUCACUCUGCCGAGGCAGGAGCUCGCGCCUUUGCUGGGUCUCCUGGGCAGGCAGCUGUGAGCUCGGGUGCUUGGCUCUCGCUGCUUCAGGGUCGAGUUCGCUGAUGUCCAGGCCCGGGCCCGCUUGGAGGCCACGUGGGCCUUCCUCCCCGCGUCCUGCUGGCCCUUGGUCUUGACCCCGCCUCCUCCCUGUGGGGUCCGGUCACCCCUCGGGAGGGCUUCUGCUUGUCCCCCGUCACAGGCGCGUUGCGGGGGGCAGAGCGCCACCUGCCCCCGUGCUCCCCAGCACUCUUUCCAGAAACCAAUAAACCCGGGAUUGUGUUUUCCUGCACA